AUUUCUAUGACAAAAAAAAACCAACCACGGUGUCGUUGCCAAACGAGUUGGUAAUCGGUGUGAAGAGUGGUCAAUCUUGUAUUUCCAGAAGGAAAAAAAAAAAUAGUCAAUUUUGACAAUUUUCCAAUUAAGAAAAAAAGAAAAUUUGGUAAAAACAAAAAAAUAUCAUAGAAAAGCUCAUAAUAAGGAAAAAACGAAAGAAAGAAAAAAAAAAACAUUGCUAGAACUUAGAAGAGACCCAAUAAUCUCGACUCUCCCUCCUUCUUCCCUUACCUCUGCUUACUCAAUUCUACUAACAUCUUCAUCUUCUCCGCCAUAGCUACAGGUCUACAAGACGUAUUCUUUUUAUAUUCUUUACCAUUUUUACUUGCUCAAUCUUAACUUUGGACCAAAACCCAUUUUAGCCAUUGACUAGCUCAACUUUGUUUAUUCACAGACAUAUGUUUAUUAUAAUACGGAUUUGAGAUUGAAAGAAUCUCUUUGAGCUUUACUUUUGGAUUAUGGGGGGUAAUGGUAAACACAGGUGGAAGAUCUCCUUCUAUCGUUCCUCUUCUUCUUCUUCGUCUCCCUCGACCUCAAAAAUGGAUAUCAAGCCACCCCCUAAGGAUUUCGUCUGCCCCGUUUAUGGUACUUUGAUGGCUGACCCAGUUAUCGUCUCCUCAGGUCAGACCUUUGAGAGGGCCACUGUACAAGUAUGUAGAGAUUUAGGGUUUUCUCCCAAGCUUGAAGACGGGUCCCGACCCGAUUUCUCAACCGUGAUUGCGAACAGAGCCAUCAAGUCCACGAUUGCUCAUUGGUGCGACGAUUCCGGUAUGGAGCACCCGCGUCUACCGGAGUACGAAUCUGUCGAGAAGGUCGUUCGAGCUUUAAUGGAGGCCGAGGAGGAGGAGGUUAACAGAGCGCGGAAACCGGACCUUAGGGUUUCGGAACGGGAGCUUCUCCGCGGUGUAGCUGAGAAUCCGCCUGUGAUAUUCUCCCACGCGGCGACUGAGUUGGGCCCCCGAGUGAACCAUUUCUACUCUAGCUCAUCGGAGGAAUCGGUUGUCAUUCCAGGCACGUCGAACCCGGGUACUCCUCUUCCCCUCGCGACUAGACCUCUAUGCUACUCUUCGUCGUCUUCCUCUGAAAUUGCGGAGCUCGAUGCCUUAACUGGAAUCCCCAAUUCCAACGGCACGGUGUCGGAAGAAGAAGAGAAUUUGUUGAAGAAGCUCAAGAAUCCUGAAGUAGUGGAGCAAGAAGAAGCCGUGAUUUUGCUCAGAAAGACGACCAGAACGAAAGAAGAGCUUAGGGUUUCGCUCUGUACUCCUCGCCUUCUCUUGGCUCUAAAACCUCUGAUCACUUCCAGAUACGCCGUUGUCCAGACAAACGCCAUAGCUUCGUUAGUGAACCUUUCGCUCGAAAAACCGAACAAGGUGAUGAUCGUGCGGUCAGGAUUCGUUCCAUUCUUGAUCGACGUCCUCAAAGGCGGCUCCAGCGAAUCUCAGGAGCACGCCGCCGGAGCUCUUUUCAGCUUGGCAUUAGAAGACGAGAACAAAAUGGCUAUAGGCGUACUCGGCGCUCUACCGCCGCUUAUGCACGCACUCGUCCGUUCCGAGAGCGAGCGGACUCGGCACGACUCAGCCCUGGCUUUGUACCACUUGACACUGGUUCAGAGCAACCGAGUCAAACUGGUGAAGCUCAACGCGGUCCCGACACUCUUGGCCUUAUCCCAAACGGGAUCUUCGGCAAGUCGGGUAUUGCUGAUUCUCUGCAACUUGGCGGUUUGUCCGGAGGGAAGGUCCUCCAUGCUCGAUGCCAACGCAGUGGAGUGCCUUGUGAGUAUGCUUAGGAGGAACGAGUUGGAAUCUGAGUCGACUCGGGAGAACUGUGUUGCAGCUCUGUUUGCACUCAGCCAUGGAAGCAUGAGAUUCAGAGGAUUGGCUAAGGAAGCCAGAGCCGUGGAGGUGUUAAGGGAGAUUGAGGAGAGAGGGAGUGAGAGGGCUAGAGAGAAAGCUAAGAGAAUGUUGCAGAUGAUGAGAGGGAGAGAUGAAGGGGAAGAUGAAGAAGGUGACUGGGAAGCUGCGCUUAACUCCGGCGGCAGCGGAUUCACAGGGUCAAGGUACCGAGUUGGUGGUGCCGGAAGGAAUAUGCAUAUGUUACACAGUGCAAAUUCAACAACUUUUUAAUUUUCAAUAUUAUUAUUUUUCUUUUUCAGUUUUUUUUUUUUUUUUUUGUUAUCUUUCUUUUAGGUUUAGUCUCUGUAAAUUUUCUAUUUUGGUGCAAAAUGGAAAGGAAAAAAAUGUUGUAAUUUUUAAUGUUGUUUUUGGAGGAAUGAGUUUGGGUUGACUCGGUACUGAGUUUAGUGUCGAGUUUGGCAAUUGGGUAAUUUUGGGUAGAUAUAAUAUGGGUGUAAUUAUUUGGUGGGUUAGGGCAUCUUGAUGGGUGUUUGUGUUUGAGUUAUUUUUUAACACAUAUUUUGAUUGUUUGUUGUCUUGACAAUGUAUGUUCAAAGUUUUCAUUAUGUAGAAUAACAUCUGUAAUUUAAUUUUGGUUUAAUUAAUGAUCUCAUUUCAUUC